GAGAGAGAAAACUGACGCAAAUCUAGCUUUUUGAAUACAAAACCCGACACCUCAAUUCUAGAGAGAGAAACGUCUCAGCACACCCCUCACCCUUCCUCUGCUUCUCGUCAUCGUCGUCCUGUCUGAAUUUCCGAGGGUGUGAGCCCGUACUCGCUCCGAUCUGACUCGCUGAGUCUCGCUCCCCGUCGUCUCUUUCGCGGUUCUUGAUGAGUUGAGGUGGAGGAGAUUCGAAAUUCAAAAUUCGUCAAUGGAGGCAUCCGUCAACAUAAUUGUAGGAUCACACGUAUGGGUGGAGGAUCCAGUAUUAGCAUGGAUUGAUGGUAAGGUUAUUAGGAUCAAUGGUCAAGAGGUCCAUGUUCGGACAGCAACUGGUAAAAUGGUUGUUAAAGAAAUUGCAAAGGUGUUUCCAAAAGACACAGAAGCUCCUCCGGGCGGUGUGGAUGACAUGACAAAGCUUUCAUAUUUGCACGAACCCGGGGUUCUGCAAAAUUUGGCUACAAGAUACGAGCUCAAUGAAAUUUAUACAUAUACUGGAAAUAUCUUGAUUGCAAUAAACCCGUUCCAAAGAUUACCUCAUCUAUAUGAUACUCACAUGAUGGAACAAUAUAGAGGAGCAGCGUUGGGGGAGCUCAGUCCUCAUGUUUUUGCAGUUGCAGAUGUUGCAUACAGGGCAAUGAUUAAUGAGGGAAAGAGCAACUCUAUUUUAGUUAGCGGAGAAAGUGGUGCGGGUAAGACAGAGACAACAAAGAUGCUUAUGAGAUAUCUUGCAUAUCUGGGCGGUCGGUCUGGAGUUGAAGGGAGGACGGUAGAACAACAAGUUUUGGAAUCCAAUCCAGUUCUGGAAGCAUUUGGCAAUGCCAAAACAGUUAGGAACAACAACUCAAGUCGUUUUGGUAAAUUCGUUGAGAUACAAUUUGACAAAAGUCGGAGGAUUUCUGGGGCAGCUAUACGAACUUACCUGCUCGAGAGGUCUCGUGUUUGCCAGAUUUCAGAUCCUGAAAGGAACUAUCACUGCUUUUAUCUUCUUUGUUCAGCACCACCUGAGGUACGAGAGAAGUAUAAGUUGGGAGAUCCUAAAUCGUUUCAUUACUUAAACCAGUCCAACUGCUAUGAACUUGAUGGGGUAGAUGAUUCCCAUGAAUAUCUUGCAACCAGAAGAGCUAUGGAUAUAGUUGGAAUAAGUGAGGAAGAGCAGGAGGCAAUAUUUAGAGUUGUGGCUGCAAUCCUUCAUCUUGGUAAUAUCGCAUUUGCAAAGGGAAAGGAGAUAGACUCUUCUGUCAUCAAGGAUGAAAAGUCUAGGUUUCAUCUUAGUAUGACAGCUGAACUCCUUAUGUGUGAUGCCAAGAGCUUGGAGGAUGCACUGAUCCAGCGUGUUAUGGUCACCCCUGAGGAAGUUAUUACAAGAACUCUUGAUCCCGACUCUGCUCUUGGUAGCAGGGAUGCUUUAGCUAAAACCACAUAUUCUCGCUUAUUUGACUGGAUUGUGGAGAAAAUAAACAUUUCAAUUGGGCAGGAUCCAAACUCAAAAUCAAUAAUUGGGGUUCUUGACAUAUACGGGUUUGAAAGUUUCAAGCACAAUAGCUUUGAGCAGUUCUGUAUCAAUUUUACAAAUGAGAAGCUGCAACAACAUUUCAACCAGCAUGUUUUCAAGAUGGAACAGGAAGAGUAUACAAAAGAAGAAAUAAACUGGAGCUACAUAGAGUUUGUUGAUAACCAAGAUGUCCUGGAUCUUAUUGAGAAGAAACCUGGAGGAAUCAUAGCACUUCUCGAUGAAGCCUGCAUGUUUCCUAAGUCUACUCAUGAAACAUUUGCUCAGAAGAUGUACCAAAUAUUUGCAAAAAACAAGCGUUUCACUAAACCUAAGCUUUCUCGAACUAGUUUUGCCAUAUCGCAUUAUGCAGGAGAGGUUACUUAUCAGGCUGAUCUGUUUCUGGAAAAAAACAAAGAUUAUGUGGUGGCAGAACAUCAGGAUCUGUUAACUGCAUCCAAGUGCCCCUUUGUGGCUGGAUUGUUCCCUCGACUUCCAGAGGAAUCAUCAAAGUCUUCCAAAUUUUCCUCCAUCGGCUCAGGCUUUAAGCUACAACUCCAUUCAUUAAUGGAGAUCUUAAGUUCAACGGAACCUCACUAUAUCAGAUGUGUGAAGCCAAACAAUGUACUCAAGCCUGCUAUUUUAGAGAACCUCAACAUAAUCCAGCAGUUACGUUGUGGUGGUGUUCUUGAGGCAAUCAGGAUUAGCUGUGCAGGAUACCCCACUAGACGAUCCUUCUAUGAAUUUCUUGUCCGUUUUGGUGUUCUUGCUCCAGAAGUUUUGGAUGGAAACUAUGAUGACAAAGUCGCAUGUGUGAUGAUUCUGGAUAAGAUGGGGUUGAAAGGAUAUGAGAUAGGCAAGACAAAGGUCUUCCUGCGAGCCGGGCAGAUGGCUGAGCUGGAUGCGAAAAGAGCAGAGGUUCUGGGAAAUGCUGCUAAAAAGAUCCAAAGGCAAAUUCGUACAUACAUUGCUCACAAGGAGUUCAUUUUGUUACGCAAAGCUGCUAUCCAGCUGCAAUCAUGUUGGAGAGGUAUGCUGGCGUGCAAGCUCUAUGAGCAAUUGCGACAGGAAGCAGCAGCUCUGAAGAUCCAGAAGCAUUUCCGACGUUAUGUUGCCCGGAAAUCCUACAUAACAGUGCGAUCCUCUGCAAUCACAUUGCAGACAGGCUUAAGGGCAAUGAGUGCUUCCACUGAAUUCAGAUUCAGAAAGCAAACUAAGGCUGCAAUCACUAUCCAGGCUCAUUUGCGUCGUCACAGAGCAUACUCUUAUUAUAGAAGCAUUCAAAAGGCUGUAAUUGUUUCUCAAUGUGGUUGGAGGCGAAGAGUUGCUCGGAAAGAGCUCAGGAUGCUCAAAAUGGCUGCAAGAGAAACAGGGGCCCUCAAAGAAGCAAAAGACAAGCUAGAAAAGCGUGUGGAGGAACUUACGUGGCGGUUGCAGCUCGAGAAGCGAUUAAGGACUGAUCUGGAAGAGGCAAAGGCCCAAGAAAUUGCCAAGUUACAGGUUGCUUUGCAUGCAAUGCAAAUACAAGUAGAAGAGGCAAAUGCCAGAGUUAUCAAGGAACAAGAGGCGGCACGCAAAGCUAUUAAAGAAGCACCUCCUGUAGUUAAGGAGACCCCAAUCAUAGUUCAAGACACAGCAAAGAUUGAUUCUUUAACAGCUGAAGUAGAGAGUUUGAAGGCUUUGCUGUUGUCGGGGGGACAGGCUGCUGAAGAAGCUAGGAAGGCUUGUACAUAUGCUGAGGUCAGAAACACAGAGCUGGUUAAUAAACUUGAAGAUGCGGAGCGAAAAGUGGACCAGCUUCAAAAUUCUGCACAGAGGCUUGAGGAGAAACUUACCAACAUGGAAUCAGAGAAUCAAGUACUUCGUCAGCAAGCAUUGACCAUCUCACCCAAUGGGAAUAGUUUAUCUGCACGGCCAAGGACAACAAUUAUUCAGAGAACUCCCCAGAAUGGCAAUGUUCCCAAUGGAGAGACAAAGAUUUUAUCGGACAUGACGCUUGCAGUAUCAAAUCCUCGGGAGCCUGUAUUUGAGGAAACGCCGCAGAAGUUUCUUAAUGAGAAGCAGCAAGAGAACCAGGACCUGCUAAUCAAGUGUGUUACCCAAGACUUGGGAUUUUCUCGGGGCAAGCCUGUUGCGGCUUGUCUCAUUUACAAAUGCCUCCUUCAGUGGAGGUCAUUUGAAGUUGAAAGAACUACUGUAUUCGACCGUAUAAUUCAAACAAUAGCUUCAGCGAUAGAGGUGCAAGAUAGUAACGAUGUACUAGCCUACUGGUUGUCUAAUACAUCCACUUUGUUAUUGCUGCUCCAACACACGCUCAAAGCAAGUGGAGCAGCUAGCUUGACUCCCCAGCGGCGAAGAACAACUUCAGCUUCUCUUUUUGGGAGGAUGUCUCAAGGAUUAAGAGCAUCUCCACAAAGUGCUGGGCUCUCAUUUCUUAAUGGUCGAAUGCUUGGUAAACUGGACGACUUGCGGCAAGUUGAGGCCAAGUAUCCAGCUUUGCUGUUUAAACAGCAGCUUACUGCCUUCUUAGAGAAAAUAUAUGGAAUGAUAAGAGACAAUCUAAAGAAAGAGAUUUCCCCGUUACUUGGUUUUUGUAUCCAGGCACCUAGAACAUCUCGAGCGAGUUUAGUGAAGGGACGUGCUCAAGCUCAUGCUGUCGCUCAACAAGCUCUGAUUGCUCAUUGGCAAAGCAUUGUCAAAACCCUAAACAACUACUUGAAUAUGAUGAAAGCAAACUACGUUCCCCCCUUUUUAGUACGCAAAGUGUGUACUCAGAUAUUCACGUUUAUCAAUGUUCAGUUGUUUAACAGUCUUCUUUUGCGUCGCGAAUGUUGCUCAUUCAGUAAUGGGGAGUUUGUAAAAGCGGGAUUAGCUGAAUUGGAGCAGUGGUGUCAGGAUUCAACAGAAGAGUAUUCAGGCUCAGCUUGGGACGAACUGAAGCAUAUUAGACAGGCAGUAGGGUUCCUGGUUAUACAUCAAAAGCCCAAAAAGACCUUGAAGGAAAUAACCAAUGAACUUUGCCCCGUCCUCAGCAUACAACAAUUAUACCGUGUAAGUACGAUGUACUGGGAUGACAAGUAUGGCACACACAGCGUGUCUUCAGAGGUUAUUGCAAGUAUGAGAGUAAUGAUGACAGAGGACUCGAACAAUGCUGUAAGCAGUUCGUUUUUGUUGGACGAUGAUUCGAGCAUUCCUUUCUCUGUUGACGACAUCUCCAAUUCAACACAACAAGUAGAGAUGGUGGAAAUCGAUCCUCCGCCAUUGAUUCGUGACAACUCAGGGUUUGCAUUUUUGCAUCAACGCCCAGAUUGAAGAAAACAUGGUGUCUGACACUUGAAUCCCCAUCACCCUUAAACACUUUGGCACAUUCUUUCACCGGAACCUUCUGUACCAUAUGUUUUCCUUUUGCCCGGGCAAGGGACCUAUAUUUUUUAGUCCAUGCCCAUUUUUUUUCAAUUUUUUUUUUUUUUUUUGCCGUUUAUCCUCCUCGCUUUUCCACUUGGGAUAAAUUCUUUAGGAAGCUGUGUUUUUCAUUAGCAUGACCAUAUGCAGGUACAGGAACAUAGGAACAUGCAGUUGGUUUCUCGUAACUUGUCUCUUCAUUAAGGAGCUUCUUUUACAUUGCGUAGUCGGGUUUUCAUCUCAUUAGAGCUUUAGUUGGUCUUAUUAAUGGCAGCACCUGCAAAUUUUAGGUCAGUAUUUGUCGUAAUGUGUAAGCAAAAGUUAUCCAUUGAUGUAAUAUUUCCAAUACGAUGCACCCAGCUAUUCUCUAAUUGUUAUCGCAGCAUUGUAAAUCA